CAUCUUUUGCAUCAUACAAAACUCUAGUUCUGCUUUGCUAAGGACUAGCGAUACUCGGUCGUACUGAACUGAACACUCUGCACAGUAUUGUUGGCAGAAACUAUGGCCUUUACGCGCUCAAUCUUCGCGAUGCUCUUCUUUACGCUAUGCCUCGCAAUACAGGCCAGUCCCGUCUCCGCUACCCUUUCUGCUCGAUACAAAUCCCCCUUCUCAGCCUUUCUCCUCCCCCGUGAAGGCGACAACAACGACAACGAUUUCACAGAUUCACAAAAAGCGGGCUUGUAUGCGGUCAUCUUUCUCAGCGUGACGAUACUGUGGCUGUGGUUCGUCAUGGGGAUCACAGUUGCGAUCUUGCGGAAAACGAACGAUAAGACGUUUUGGGUGAACUUCAAGGAUGGACUGCUGUUCAAGAAGGAUGUGGGUUAUUUGUCAGGGGGUGUCGCGGAUGAGUAGCUGCUUGGUGGGAGGGCGAGGAACAAGAUUGCAUGUAUUGUGAGAUAACGAGAAGUGAUCUUAUCUUCUUCUGCGAUGAUUGUGAUACCUCUCAUUCGAAAACAUCCUUCAUGAAUGGAUGUCACAGAGUACCCACAUCGUGAGUGGCUUGCUGUUAGCGUCACGCCAUCACAGCACCAGUGAAUACAGUGC